GGACUAAAAACUUGCAUUUUUCAUCUAUCAUAUUCUUCUUCUUUUCCCCAGUUCAGUGAAGAAGCAAUCAAGAAACAUGGAAGCCUGUUUUUUCUCUUCAAAUUCCUUUACAAAAUCGUUGGAAGUUGUCAUCCCUUCGAUCAAACCCGGAGUCUUUGUGCAACCCAAGACACUGUCUUCUCGAAUUCGGUUUAGAAAAGUAGGCACUUGCUCUAGUACAACAUGUUGUCAAUCACAAUCAAAUUCACCAUCGCCUUCGUCCAGAGAUGAGGAUAAUAUGUUUCAUGAUGCCGAUUGGCGAUCAUUCAGAGCAAGAUUAGUAGCUGGAGAACAAGCAUUAACCUCACAAGAAUCUUCUCCCAACACCACAGUGAACCCACCACCAUCUGUUCCAAUAGGCGAAAAAUGGGUUCAUGCAAUACAUGAACCCGAAAAACGGUUGCUUAUUGAUUGCAACCGAGAAACUAAAUGGGGUCCACAUCUUCAAAAAGACAGUGGUGCUCCUGUUAUCCACGGGUCCAGUGGGCACAACUGGCAUCAUAAUUAACCGCCCAUCACUCAUGUCGAUAAAGGAGAUGCGGUCAACGACACUAGACGUGUCAGGAACAUUUUCAGACCGACCACUGUUCUUUGGUGGGCCCCUUGAAGAAGGGUUGUUCUUGGUGAGUGGGGGUGAUGAGGUGAGAAAUAGCGGGGUGUUUGAUGAAGUAAUGAAAGGGUUGUAUUAUGGGACCGAAGAGAGUGUAGGGUGUGCUUCUGAAAUGGUUAAGAGGAAUGUAGUUGGAGUGAACGAUUUUAGAUUUUUUGAUGGAUAUUGUGGGUGGGAGAAAGAACAAUUGAGAGGUGAAAUAAGGGCUGGGUAUUGGGCUGUUGCUGCUUGUAGCCCAAAUGUAGUUGGGCCGGCUAAUGAGGGAAGUAUUGGGCUUUGGGAUGAGGUUAUUGGGCUUAUGGGGCAGAAGAAAGUUUGGUAAUUCAUAUUUCAUAGCCCAAGUCAACUUUUUUUUCUUUGAGUCAAAUAUGUAAAUUAUGAUGUGGCGAAUCAAACUAAGUCAAGAAGUGAUAUGAAGUUCGUAAAAUGACAUGAUUAACUAUGAAAGAAUGUAAGAAAUCUUUAACAUAUUAUUAAUUUAUGUAUUAUGUAUUAUGUUAUUUCUUAACUAUGUAAUGUGAAAACUUGUAAUUUGUGA